AUGGUUUGGGAUGUUCGGGUGCUGGAGAUAGAAGCUAUUAGCUCUGCCAUAGCUCUUUGGUAUACCAUGCAAGUCUUCUCAGCACGGGAAGCAACAGUGGCUUCAUCACUCCAUUGCUGCACCGAGUGCAGCACCAAUCUUAACCUCAACGUUGCACACCUGUACCGCAACAAGGGCACUCUUUCCUUCUCUUCCGUGGAUGCCACCCAGUUCAGAUUUGGGAAGGAGGACAAGAUUAGCCCAUUUUUUGAGACCCUCGAUUACUGGAGAAUCCAGAGGAAGAAGAGCAAGAUCAAGUGCAAUGCUUACGACCGAUUGCUGGGCUAUAUUUAUGACGAUGGGCCACCUCUCACUAACAGUCUUGGCCAGUUCCAUUUUGGAUCGAGCCAGGUCAUCCCUCGGCCCUCUCGUUAUUGCUUCAAGACCAAGGCUUUUCGAAUCUCCUCCCAGACGUGA